UACUUUAUAAUAAUAUAAAUCAUGAUAUAAAUAAUAUUAUUAUUUAUUAGUUUUACUAAAACAGUGGAUAAAAUAAAAAAAAAUUCAACUAUAAAUUUAACGCGUACUUAACUCAUUAAUUUUUAUUUUUCAAUCUCAAAACUCCCGAACUGCCCUAAUUAUACCUCUGGGAAAAUUCCGGCGAGCAUAGCUAAUUCAUAAUAUAAUGAUUGUAAGCUAAUUAAAUUAUGGUGACGCAAAAAAAAAAACAACAGUACGUAUUUAAAGUAUAAACAUCUCAAAUCUUAACGAGUUUAAAUGAAAAUAUGUACUUAUACAUUGUGACGAUAUGGCGAUGAGUAGGUUCAUUUUUAAAUUGGUUUAUUUUUUAUCAAGUUUAAUUAUAUUACCUAAUUAUAGUUAUUAAUUUAAUUAUACGUUAUUGACGGUGUAAAACUUUUACCGAUUAAAACAUAUAACAACUAGAUAUUUAUAUGUUAGUAAUAGAUGUAUAUAGCGUUGAUAUGAUAAGUGUAUCAGUAGUUGCUUAUAUAAAGGGUCAAAAGGUAACAGAGCAUGCGCUACCGUGUUUGGGAAACUCCCAAAAUUGAUUGUUUCGCCCCAGUUUUAUAUUUUCUCCUCGAAAUUCUUCAUAACACAACAAGUGUUUUUGUAGACAACAUCAGCUACAAUCUGAAAAAUAUGUUUCUUCAAUUAUGUAUUUACCCUCCUUUACGACGACCAAAACACAACAAUUAUUGCAAUUCGACUUUAAUUGCUUGAUAAUUAUCUACAACGCAAAUACAUUUAAUGAUGAAAAAGAUAAAAACACCGGUGUUAGCGAUGUCACUACAUGACAACAUAAGUGACGACGUAUUCGAAAGCAUCGAAGAGGCUGAAGUUAACCAAAACACCAAAAACCUAUCCACUACAGACCCGAAUUAUGAUAAAAGGCCUUCGACGACUGGGUACAGGGAUUAUAAGCCCCCAAGUACCACAAGAAAGCCUUCGGAUCCAUCCUUAAAAAUUGUACACAAGACUAUUUUAUUAGGCGACAGUGGAGUGGGGAAAACAUCACUAUUGGUCAAAUUUGACACUGGAAAAUUUCAGACUGGGAACUUUUCUGCUACCGUCGGUAUAGGUUUUACAGUGAUGGUACUCGGCGAUUCCGGAGUUGGGAAGACUUGCCUGUUGGUCCGUUUCAGGGACGAUAUGUUCUUGGGUGGCAAUUAUAUUUCUACCGUCGGUGUAGAUUUCAGGAAUAAAAUUAUAUCUGUCGACGACUCCAAAGUUAAGCUACAGAUUUGGGACACUGCGGGUCAAGAACGAUUUAGAAGCGUAACACACGCAUAUUAUAGAGAUGCCCAUGCACUUUUACUUUUGUACGAUGUAACUAACAAAGUAAGUUUUGACAACAUACGAGCGUGGUUGAGUGAAAUUCGAGAUUACGCUAAUGAUCAAGUAGUCAUAAUGUUAAUAGGAAAUAAAGCUGAUUGCAGUCUAAACGAUAGAAUGGUGAAAAGAGAAGACGGAGAACAAUUGGCCAAGGAAUAUUCAGUCACUUUUAUGGAGACUUCUGCUAAAUCUGGUUUUAAUGUCGAAAUCGCUUUUAUGGCUGUUGCGAGGGAGUUAUUAUUCAAAAAAACAGGGAUUGAAAAAAAAGGAUCUUUUAAUGUACAAGAUUAUGUGAAAGAACAAACUAAAUCCAAUUGUCCAGCAUGCUCUACAGCAUAAUACAUUUUAUGGUAAAGUAUAAAGGUCGAAAUUACUCAAUGUAAUCAAUAAAAAAGUUCCAAAAUAAAAAAUAUGAAAGUAGAGAGUCGAAAUGGAACAAUUUUAAUUAAAUUACCUAUGUAUUUAUGUUAUAUAAUUUUAAGCUUGAGCAUUCUUUGUUAAGAAUGGUAGAUAUAUAAUAUACAUAAUAUAUAUAUAUAUAAUUUGAAUGUAUAUUACAAAUUUUAUAAAUACAAUUAAAAUACUGAAAUGCUUGUUUCAUUAUUGAACAUGCAAUAUAUUUAUUAGAAACCAAUGAAACCAUACUUUUUGUUUUUCUGUGUUGGCGUUUGUUUAUUGUAUCAAAUUUAUUCUGUUCAAAUUUGUAGAACUCUCGACAUUAUGAUUAUACAACGUAUAACGUCCGCAACAAACUAUAAUUGUUGUUCAUAAUGACUUAAAAUAGUUUGUGUUUUGUGCCCAAACUAUAACUAUUAAUUUACGGAAAUUGCGAAUAUUGCAUAUUUAGUAAAAUAUAUACGGUUGCUAGUGCCUAUAAUAUGUCCUAAUCCUUAAUACCUAGACAAUAAGUAUUGUAUAUAAUACAUCAACGUAACUCGGCCAUACUAUAAUGCUAGUAAAACGUGAAGUCAACACAGGGAACAGAUAAAUAUGAUUUCCACCAAUUGGCAAUUAGUGCUGAUAUAAUGCUACCUGUAGUAGUAUUAAUAUUAUACCUGCCUAUAGCCUAUAUAAGUAUUAACUUAGGAAGGUACUGAAAUUUUAAUAAUGUUUGCCUACCCAAAAUGUAGAUAAGUGUUGUAUUAUUUUCAUAAUGAAAAAUAACUGUGUUUAUAACUAUUAACUACAAACUACGGUCAUGCUGAUUCUGUGACAUGAGCACGUUUAACAGACUGAUUCAUUAUUAAUCUGUAUUCAAAUGUGAAAAUAAGAAUACCAAUAUAAUAAUUUAAAAAAUAAUCUAUAGUCUAGCUUGAAACUAUUUAAAUCGCUUAUUUUUUAGUAUUAUAAACUAUAACCGUUAAUAUUUAUACGUAACUACCUACGAGUAGUAUAUUGUGUAUUUAUAUAAUUUUUAAAUUAAACAAUUUAUGUAGGCUUUUAUUUGUAUGUUUGGGUAAUACACGCGAUAAUAAUAAAAUUGAUUUGACUAUAUUAAGUUGUAUAGUAAUUGUUAGUAUAGAUAUUAGAUAUAGAAUAUAAAAUAUAUAAUAGAUAUAUGAUAUAACACUUAAUUGUUCAACAAUCAACCAAGUUUGUUAUUUAUAUUAUUUAACAACAAUUUUCCUAAGCCAAACAGGUAUAAAGUAUAAACAUCCAGGUAUUUGCUCAAUAUUGUUUUCAAUAAAAAGUUUUAAAUAGCAUUUAAAAUUUCAAUGUAUUUCAAUAGUAUUUAUGUCAAUAAAUACAAUGGACUCUCAGAAUAUUAACUCAACAUUAUUAAUAACAACUCGUUUUUUUUUUUAAUUCCUAUUGAAUUGAGAGUUGGAAAACUGAGGGUCGAUUAUCUAUAUUCAUUUGUAGUUUUAAUUUCUGUAAAACGUUCACAAUUGAUCAACAUAAAAUAAAAAUUAUAUGUAUACCCUGUAUAUGUUGUGUGUUUUAAAAAUUAAAUCAUAUAAUAGCAUAUAUAUUAUGGAAAAUACAAAUAUGCAAGGAACUUUCCUGUUAUCACGACUAUCUACCACAUUGUUCUAAAUAUCAUGACUACCCUACGCAUACCUACCUACCCUAAGGACUUUAUUUAAAAAUACAAAUGUAAAUAAUAUAUAUGGCUUAUAAAACCAGAAAACUAAUAAAAACACAUUUAUAACUUAUUAAAACAUUUUUUUUUUUAAAUUUUAAAUUAAUAUGAAUAUAUUUCAUUUGCCUAACCUCCUUUUCAAGAACAUUGUAAAUUGCCACGUCAAUGAAAAAUAAUAUUCUAAUGAACACUCGUCCAAUUUUAAUUUUAUAUUCCGAGUGGAGCGAUGAAUGCAUUGGUUUAAAAUGAUGAGUCUGUUUUUUCAAUAUUAAUUUUUUUUAUCUGUCAUCAGUUAAUACAUUUUUAGAAUAGUAAAAAUGUUUCAAUCUUCAACUUCAAGAAUGGAUUCUGGUUGAAAAUUCGAUCUUGCUGGUAUUUUGAAGAGUCAAAAGUUAAAUUCCUAAUACUUUUCAUAAUAAAUAAGCGGGGGAUGGAAUUUUUGAUCAAUACUUGUUUUUGACAAAAUUGAUUCAAAUGUAAUAACUGUAGUGACUUUAAUUUUACACCAUAAAUGUUUAUUAACAUGAUUUUCAAUAUAAUUUGCCUCUUUCUAUGCUAUAGUUGUUAUAGAUAUUUUAAUUUUUUAAUUUUAAUUUUUAUUUUCAUUACGUAAUUUAUUGAUACAAUUUUAUUUGUAAGGAAAAAAUAGCUUAACAUUUCAUUACAACGUUCAUGGUUCAUCAUAAUUUUUUUCUAUUUGUAAUUAAAAUAUCCAUUGUCACUAUUUUUUUAAAAAGAGGUUGAAGUUUAAAUUUUAAGAAAAUUCAACAAAAUUCGAAAAUUCAUAAAUUAUUUUUUAAUUAAUAAUCAACAACAUUUUUAACUUUAAUAGCUAAGGCUUGAACAUCAAAUGCGAGAUUCUUCGUAAGUUGUUCUUAAUUCUUACAGCCACCUUAAAAUACCAAAAAUACAUAUUAAACAUAUGAUAAUAUACCGUCUCGGCUCAAAAACGUUUGUCGUAUACAAUGAUUUAUCAUCGAAUUCAAAUUUAAAACAAUAUCUAUUAUCAGUCCAUGGCGAGGUUAUCUCAACAAUUACCAUACAGUAGAGUGACUUAUUUUAAUACAAUUAUUGUGACUUAUGUCUAUAUCACCAUUAAUAGGAGUACUCGUACUCCAUAGUUGCAACUUGCAGAGAAUGAUGUCGUAGCAUUGUGGCAGGUAGUCGCACCAACAGGUAUAAACUAUAAAGAACUGUAUAUAGUAGAUAACUAGAUACCCAAAACGACAGCCAAAAUUAUUUUAGUUAAAAAAUGUAAUACGUAAAUAUAAAACCGUCAUUUACUUGUCAGUGGUAUUAUGUUUCAAAAUCACACACACAUUUUUAUUUUCUAACUGUUGUUCCUAUUGAAUUGUAUUUAUUUGUCUAUUAAUAGUCAUUAGAUGUACCUACUGCCUAGUAAACAUAAGCCUUAUUAGUUAAUUAAAUUAAGCUACAAAAUUGUAUCAUUACGCUUGUAGACUUAAUAUUAAUAACUAUAAUAAUAAUAUGAACAAUUGAAAACUAUUUAGCUAUUGUUGGCCGAUACUAAUACAUAAUGGCAAAUAAACAAACUUAUUCUAAAAUAUAUAAAUAAUUAUUGUAUUUAUAAUUAUAGCUAUGAUUAUUUAAAAUAAAAAUAAAGUAUAGUUUAUAUAUUAUUAUAAUGCUUGUAUUUGGUUGAUUCAUUACAUACGUCUAAUCUAUAGAUUUUCAAAAACAAUAAACUGGAUACACGAAGAAUUCAAAAAUGAGUUUCUACACAUGACGAAUACAAAUAGCUGUUUAUUUACUAUGCAUACUGACUUAUUGUAUAUCUAUUUCGUUUUAUUCGUCAUUCGAUACCUAAUCGCCGAGAUGAAUCUAUACCACUAAAACUGGCUGGUUAUUAUUUUAUAAUAUUGUUGUCUGACAAAAAUAUGAAUAUAAGCAAUUUAAUAUUAAAUAGUUUGUUGUUUCCAAAAUAUUUAUUACAAAAGAAUAUAGGUAAAAUAUAUAGGUAGUGAUUGAUACCAAUGACGUAAGAUAAUUUUAAUAAUAAUAAAUUCGUAAACCAAGUAACAAUAAUUACCAGGAACAGUUAUUUUUUACUGACUACAAUAAUAUAAAUAUAUAAUAUUAAAAUAUGUUAUGUAGACAUGUAGUAAUAGUUAUUAAGACAACAAAAAUCAUUAAUGUGUUAAUAAUUUAAAUAGUAUUUAUAUUUAUUUGUAUGGAUGCCGCAUGUAUAGGAACUAUUGUUGUUAUAACUUGUAUUAUUUUAAUAAUACGAUAUUGUUAUUGUUUUUAAUUUAACGUUGUAUAAUAUACAUGUAUAUUUUUUUUUUUAUCAAAAAUAAUAUAUUUAAUAAAUUAGUAUAUAUUGAUUUUUAUAAUAUUACCAUUAACUAAUACCAUUUUUGUAUUUAAAAAAUGAGUGAAUUAUUAAAUAUAUUUAAAAUAUACUGCCAUCGUACUGUUGUAUGUGCA